GACGACCGUUGGCGACGACGACGACGAUGCUGCCGUCGUUCAAGCUGCACAUGCAGCAAGCGAUUUUGGCGCGCUUGGCCAAAGUCGGCAAGUUUGAUGGGACGCACCCGUCGCUGACCUGCGCGACGAGCUCGGGCAAGGUCUUCCUCCACAGUCCACACGAGCCCAACGAGACCGAGUCGGCGCCAAGUGUUCGGUUCCUCAACAUCAAUCGGCAAAUUUCGGCGUUGAGCGUCGGCAAGUUCAAGGACAAUGACGACGGCGACACGCUCAUCGUGGGCACACAGGCCAACAUACUCGGCUACAACGUCGAGAAAAACUCGGACACGUUCUACAAGGACGUGCCAGAUGGCGUCAACACCAUGCUGUUUGGCUCGCUUCCGACGAUCCCAUCGCGCAUGGUCAUCGUCGGCGGCAACUGCUCGAUCCAGGGCUUUGACAAGGAGGGCACGGAGCUUUUCUGGACGGUCACAGGCGACAACGUGACAGCGAUGACGAUCUGCGACGUCUCGGGCAGUGGCAAGGACGAGCUUGUCGUUGGGUCGGACGACUUUGAGAUUCGCGCGUUCCAUCAAGAAGACGUUGUCUGCGAGUGCCACGAGUCGAGUCGCAUCGUCGACUUGUGCGCGAUCGACAAACACCUCUUUGGGUAUGCCCUUGAGAACGGUACUGUCGGCGUCUACAAGGGCAAGCACCGCGUCUGGCGCGUCAAGAGCAAGAACGUUCCGACGUCCAUCAACGCCUUUGACAUCAACGGCGACGGCGACAAGGAGAUUGUGAUUGGCUGGAGCAACGGCCGCUUUGAAGCGCGCAACCUCACGAACGGCGAAGUCGUGUACCGCGAUACGUUUGCAGCGCCGAUUGCGGCCGUCUUGACCGCCGAUUAUUGCACGCGUGGCCAAGAAGAAGUGCUGUGUUGCGCCCAGGACGGCGAGAUCCGCGGGUACCUCUUUGCAGGUGGCAUGGGGGCCAACGCCGUCGCGGCCAGCGCGCUCAUGCCCGACCACGUCUCGGCCGAAGAAAAGGAAGUCCAGGAACUCAUCAAAUCCAAAGCCAAUUUGGCCGCGGAGCUCAAGGCGUUUGAGAACGCUGUCGCCAAGACGACAAAGAGCACGAACGCACGCCUCGCCCCCGCGACGCGCAUCACGAUCAAGGCAUCGGCGUCCAUGGCGAGCGCGAGCAUCGAGCUGGCGGUCUCGACCGACACGGAAAAUGUCAUCAAGAUGGUCGUGGUGUACGACUAUGAUGCUGGUAUCUUUGAUGGCGAGUCGCUCGUGCUGCGGCCAGCGACGCCGAGUCCGACGGCCACGGUGCAGAUUCGGUCGGUCCAAAAGACAGCUGCGGCCAAAUUGCACUUUAAAGUGCUGGUGGGCACGCGUGGCAAUGCGUCUGUCUUCCAUGUGUUUGAAGAGCACUUUCAGCUGCCCAAGUUUGGCGUGUUUUCGCUGCUCAAGCCGCCGCCCAAGGACCGCCCGCUCGGCGUCGUUAGGUUUCGCACGCUCUCCAAGAUGCAACAACAAUUUGGCGCGUGGGUCAAGUCGGCUUUCCUGCUCUCGGACCCGAUCGAAGAGAGCCCCAACCACGACUUGUACUUUCGUCACAUUGGCGGCAAGAUGGACCUCGCGAUUGUUGUCACCCCCAACGACACGUUUCUCCAUAUCGACGACAUGGCCAUGGCAGCCGAGAUUGUCCAAGACCUCUGCUCGUACCUCCAGAUUGAAGAGCUGGCGUCGAUUGCAGACUUUCCCAAGCAAAUGGCCGAGUUUCGAGACCUCCUUGUGCGGGUCGAUGACUGCAACAGCAUCCGGCUCAAGCUCACGGGCGAAAUGGCCGACGACUCGAACCAAAUCAAGAACCUCGUCAUCCGCGCCGAAGACGCGCGUCUCCUCAACGACAUGGGUCGCAUGCGCAGCUACUACGCCGAGCUCUUUACCCUAAACAACCAGCUCCUCGGCGAAUAUACAAAGCGCAGCACCAACCAUCAAGCGCUCUUGGAUGCACUCAAGGAGGUCAACAACAUGAUCCAGCUCGCUGCGCGGCUUCGCGUCGGCCAGGCCAAGUCGAGCGUCGUCGUCGCUUGCCGAAAGGCCAUCAAGGCCAACAACAUCCACGCGCUCUUUUACAUCGUCAAGACGGGCAUGGAAGAGACGCGCUAAGCAUGCGUUCUUGUAUAAUCAUUCUUGCAUAUACAAGUUGUCUAUUUGC